AUGGUGAGUAGCCCCGUGGCCCAGCCGGUGGGCUGCGCGUGUGAACUGGAGAUCGACGUGCAAGAGAUCGAAACAGUGGCCUCUGAGGCCCCUUCCAUCACGACCAUGCAGUUUAUUCAAGAAUUUGCUGCGGAGCAAGUGGCCCGGAUGGAGGUGACUAGGCCUGAAGUCCUUCGGACGGUGCCAGCUUACGUUGCCUUCCAAAAUGGAGCAGAAGCACUGCGCGCUGUACGCCUCAAACCGCACUGGUAUGAACGAAGUUCCAUGAGCCAGUCGAUUGGAGCAUUUUGGUCUCAUUCAUGGCACGGGGAGCGCUGGCAGAAGAUCUUUACGCUCAUGGUCCUGUACAACGGCUUGCCUGCCAUUGUCUUCGGACUCUUGGCUUCCUACCUGUCGGUGCUCCUCUUUCUGUGCGACGUGCUGCCAGGUGUCGAAAGGAUUCCAGACAACACCAUGUCCUUCUCUACCUGGUCUCUAGUCUCCGGAUCCGUGGUCUCCUUCGUGGUCUUCGUCUCCUGGCGCUCCAGAGAGCGGGUGUUUUUCGACCGGGUUUGUCUCCACCAGACCGACCAAGAUUUGAAAACGGCCGGGAUUUUGAGCCUGGCCGGAAUUCUCCGGCAGUCCAAGACCAUGCUGGUGCUCUGGGAUUCCACCUAUAGCCAUCGUCUUUGGUGCCUUUUCGAGUUCGCAGCAUUCCUGAAGAGCGCUGAGAUGAACUCGAACGUUUUAAUCAUCAAGCCGACCUUCAUUGGGCCAACGGCCAUCUUGACCUUCCUUGGCGCACUCGUGGGUCUUCUUCCGAUGACGGUUGCUCCCAUUGAUCAGCUUUUGCUGUUACCUGCGGUGGGAUUUGUGGUGCUUUUGGGUCUGGGGCAGUACUUUGCAUGCACAAGCCUCCGGAGCUACUUUCGAGCAGUAGAUGAGAUGCAAAGGGAUUUGCGACACAUGCGCGCAGACGAGGCCAAAUGUUCUUGCUGCACUCAGGGCCAUGUCGACAGCGAGGGCCAAGCGUUGAUUUGUGAUCGAGAAGUCGUGCAAGAGUGUAUCCGCGUAUGGUUUCGAGAUCAAGGGCGUUUCGAAGAGCAUAUACAGACAGAAGUGGUGGAGGUACUGGUGUACAAUCUUCGGUGUCAAGCCUUGCCAUACCGGUGGCGUGUGGCAAUCAGUACCCCUGCCUUCUGGGCUUGCCUGGACCUUGUGGCCAGCUUGUACAAGAAUGGGAUGAUUGAAAUGGCAGUGGAAUGGCUACUCCUAGGCUUCAUGCUUUGGCUCUUUGCUGGUCCUAUGGUGCUGAGCUGGUUUGUCUUUCUGUGCCGUCGCUUAUCGACGAAAAAGAGACUUGAUCUAUUGCAAACCUUGGCCGUGAUCUUUGGAGUGAUGCCGUUAGUCGUGGUCUUGGCAGGCUUCUUUGUCUACUUGCAAGUGACCAUGGCAGAUCCGUUGCUGCGGGCAGUCCUGGCCGAGAACGCCAAGGAUCCAGAAUUCGCACCGAAGAACCCUCCCAUCGAAGCUUUCUUGUACUGCUUGGAGGGGCUCGGGGGCUGGGGCGCUGAUGACACGAAGUAUUUGGCAGCUGUCAGUACCUUUACCCUUGCUGGCAUCUUGGAAAGGCGCGGCUUCAUCGAUUCCUCCGCGGGCAGUCCAGAAAAACGCUGCAGGUAUUGGGCCAAAGUUCGAGAUCAGAUGAGUAAUCGCUUAAGUUAUAUCAAUGGUGACUCCAAGCCUUUGAAGGUGGCAGUCUUGGGAGGUGGAGCCUUUGGAACGGCAAUGGCAACACAUGUUGCGCGAAAGGGCCACAAUGUCUUCAUGCUCCUUCGAGACAAGCCAGUGUGUAAAUUCAUGAACCGCAAUCACAUCAAUCCAAAGUACUUGCGAGAGUUCAAAUUGCCCAAGAACAUUCACGCCACGACCUCCGCGGAAGAUGCGCUCGCUGAUUGCGAUGUGCUGAUCCACGCUGUACCAGUCCAAUCAUCGCGAGAGGCUUUGAGCUCGGUGAAGCAUCUGGUGCCCAAAGAUGCACCCGUGGUCGCGGUCUCCAAGGGCAUUGAGCUGGGGAGCAAGAAGCUCAUGUGUGACGUCAUCCCCGAGGCGCUCGAGCGAGACGACCACCUCGGCGGCUCGGUGGUGGUCGUCUCGGGACCCUCCUUCGCCCAGGAGAUUAUGGACCGAAGACCCACCUCCGUAGUGGCCGCGUCCCAGUGUCCUGAAGCGGCUGAGAAGGUGUCAAGGCUGCUGACCUCGAAGUACUUCCGCGUGAGCAAGACUGAUGACAUUCUGGGUGUCGAGGUCGCAGGUGCUCUCAAGAAUGUCCUAGCGAUUGCUGCGGGUAUUUGCGAAGGCCUGGGUCUUGGCACCAACGCCAUGUCAGCGCUGGUCACGCAGGGCAAUGCAGAGAUUCGGUGGCUGGCGACUGCGAUGGGAGCCAAGCCUGAGACGUUGGCGGGACUCUCUGGUAUGGGCGACAUCUUGUUGACAUGCUUUGGGAGCCUCUCCCGGAACCGGAGCGUCGGAGUCCGCCUGGGCAAGGGAGAUCCCUUCGAGGAAGUCAUUAGUGGCAAGAAAGGUGUGGCAGAAGGAGUUUUCACUGCCAGGUUGGUGGUCGAGCUGGCGGAUGAGUACAAGGUCCUCUUGCCCGUCUUGACAUCGGUGGCUCGAAUCCUUUGUCGCGAAGUCUCGCCCAAAGAGGCAGUCUUCGAGGUCUUAGCCCUGCCACCUUGGACCGAGAGUGCCUGA